CGAACUACGAAGUAGUUAAGUACUAUUGCGGGGUACACGAGUGUUGGCGCCUUAUAUGGCAGAGUCAGUAGAUAAUUAUUGUUGUCCACCUUGGAACUUUUCGUGGAUCGUUCAGAAUGAAUUAGCUGGAAUGGCAUGGCCACAGACCGCUGCGAAUAUUCGUUUCUUGAUUAAUGAGGGAAUAAAACACAUUGUAACACUAUCUCCAGAGAAGAAACCUCCUGUCCACGCAUUUCCAGACAUCGCGUGGACAGAAAUUCCCAUAAAAGAAUUUCGAUCGCCAUCGAUAACCCAGAUUAAAAAGUUUAUAAAAAUUUGCGAAUUAGCCUUAAAAAAGAGUGAGCCAGUAGGUGUCCACUGCCGAAUGGGACGAGGAAGAACAGGUGUAAUGGCAGCAUGUUAUCUUGUGAGGUUUCAUGAUUUAUCGCCAGAGAGAGCAAUAACAAAUAUUAGACUCAUGCGACCUGGGUCUGUAGAAACAUAUGAACAAGAAAAAGCUGUAAUUGCAUACACUGAUUAUCUUCGCAGCGGUAAUGAGCUAGCAAAUCUGUAAGCCCCCAGUUAAAGGUAUUCUUUGUAAGUUUCUGCAAAUUGCCACUCAUUGUAUUUUUUAUGCUCGAUAUGAUUUGUUUUAUUUCUAAUUUGUCAUAUAAUAUUUCUGCUGGAAGAGCUUCAUAUUAAGCACAUGUAUUGCACUGUCCAAAUUAUGAAUGAGUAUAAAGCAUAUUCUUGCAAGUUA